AUGCCCAGUAGCCGAAAGCGGCCUGCUAAGCGCAACCUUGUCCGCUGGUCUGAUGAUCUGGACAAGGGGGUUCUCCUGGCAAUUCAGUACGCCUCCGCUGAAGCCGGCAUCAAACUUCCAUGGCAAAGAGUCGCCGAACUCAUGGGACCCAAAUUCUCCGAAGGGGCCAUAGUUCAGCACUUGGCUAAACUUCGUUCCAUCAUGGCGUCUGAGGGGAUUCCAGUGCCACCGCCGCUCCGGCGUGGUAUGAUAACUAGAACCCCAUCGAAGGUGUACACCACUGCUACCCCGAAGCACAAGCUUGAGUCGUUCUCGCCCAUGUACACAGGAACCCCCGAGCAUUCAGAUAUGGAGACCACCCUCUAUGACCACGUUGAAGAGGGGUCGCCAUCUCCGAUGCCCAAGGGAAACACUCAUGACCCAUACGACAGCGACGGUGACGAAUUCGUGAGCCCAAAGAAGAAAGCGCGCAAGAGCAAGGCCGGCAUUUGUUCGAGGGCAUCGAAGACCAUGCAGAAGCCCCCCUCGACUCCUCAAGCACAGACGAUCAAGGUCGAGCAGGGUGAUGAUUCCAUCAGCACGUUUUCAGACGACACUGGGGGGCCAGCAACCCGGACACGAGGCAUCAAACGCGACUAUUCCGCCAUGCAGGCCACUUCCUCGGAAGAAGAAUCCCCGGAUGGUCGAGCACUGAACGUCCACGUUGCCAGCGGAGCUGAAGAAUCUGUGAAGAGAGAGGAUAACAGCGAUGCCAGUGAAGAGGAGCCGAAGGCCGUGGCGCGAGCAGCCCAGCAAACCACAGAUGCAGCCGCAGCCGCAGAUCUCGCACGUCUUCAAUCCGAAUACGGCUCCACCCCUCAGGUGCCAACACUCACCGUGCCAUAUGGACAGAUUCGGAUGGUAGAUGGUAUGACUGCUGGUGUCAGCAAUGCACAGGUCAGUUACAAACGUGAAGAAGGCUGGGAUAUCACUGACAGUGCGAAGAUGCCCAUGUAUCCCGCCACAAGCAACAUCAACGCCAGCUUCCUAGGACCACCCAUCAACAACUUUUCUUAUGGCGGCAACCUGACCAACGUUGGAGCAUACAGUGCUGGUCAAACCGCGUUCUAUGGCCCGCCCAUGAUGAACAAUUUUCUUCCGUUCAAUUACCAAGCCAACAGCAUGGUACCAAGCACAGCACCCCCAAACACCGACUCCCGCGUGUCCACUCGUAACAACUCCGUCACCACCGCUAUUUCCCACGCAUCCUUGACUUCUCUGUCCGACACAUUGAUCAAGCCCCAAAGCCCCCAGGACAUUGCUCGUCGAGUGCGCCAGACUGAAACUGAGGGUGUCACCGAAGACCAUGACAUGAAUGCCAACUUGCCAUCGUCAGAUAUCAUCUGGUCCGAUACCGUUGACGGGGGAUUUCUCGCCGAUGACUCUGCAUAG